CCCUGCUCUCUCCAACCCAGACCGCAUGCUCUUGGCAGCCAGUCGCUUCAUAGUUUUCUUCAAGGGGGCCGGGACUAUUCAACUGCCUGACUCGCAUGUGGAAAAUUUUUUUACUUCCUAUUCGGAGUGAAGACAUAACUGCUGCAGGCGGCCUAUAAGGAAGCAGGGCAGCGUCUGCAGCCACAGAGCAGAGGGAAUUCCACCUGGGAACGUGAAGGUUUUGGAGAGAGGAGCAGCUCAGGAGGAGCAUGUAUAACUUCAGGCUUGUCUACAUUUUCUCCUAUAACUUAUUCCAGUUCUGCUGUCACACAUGGAUCCUGGCUAACACCAUCGCAAGGUUUCUCACCUUUGGCCAAGAUGCUUUGGCGGACACCUUUUACUCGGUGGGCUUUGUGAUGAGCCUCUGCCAGCUGCUCUCCAUCCUGGAGGUCUUCCACAUCGCGGAUGGGAUCGAGAAAGCUCGGCUCCUUCCUCGCUUCAUCCAAGUGAUGGAGAAGAACAUUCUGCUGAUCAUGGUCAUCAUGUUGGAGGAGAUCCAAAGUAAGCCAGUCGUGUGUGCGCAGUUCUUCCUGUGGAACAUACUGGACCUCUUACGAUACCCGCAUGAGCUCCUGUGCGUUAUGGAGAGACCCUCCAUUGCCAUGUUGUGGCUCCGUUACUCUCUGUGGAUACCGUUGUACAUCCUGUCUGUUGCCAAUGAAGGUGUCACCGUUUAUCAGGCCAUGCCGUACAUGGAGCCGUCAGCCUCCAGCUCGGCUUAUAUUCAUCUCCCCUUCCUGCUGAUGCUCUACCUGUCGCUUCUCACCGUGGGAGCUUCAGUGACGGUCUGGCAGCUGCUGAAGGAGAGGAAACACCAUCUGGAGAAACGCUUUAAGAGGAAGAAGAAGAAAUGAGCGAGUUGGAUCGAUGUGGUUAAAGAGACGAUGCGUUUAAACGCGUUUGAGAACCGAAGACUGUAAAGAAGGAUGGACACAAAACGCAACAUUUUUUUUUCUCAAGCGGUUUUAAUGAAGUCGGUAAAUUCCUCACUCAUCUGUGUC